GCAAAAAUGGGAGCGAAAGCAAGCAAAGAGGUUAAUUAUAAGUUUAUGAAUGAGAGAACUGAAAGAAUUUUUACAGCUCUAAUGCUAAAAUUUCCAUUGUUUAGUAAAAUCAAGCUCUCACAUUGGAUCCAAAAUCGAGACAUCACAAUGGUACAGCUUUCGUUCAUUGCCACAAAUUUUGAGAAAUAGGGAUCACUGAAAGGUCUAUGAAGAGCUAUUCAACAUAAUUAGUGAGAAUUAUGAAAACCUUAAUGACUUUUUCAUCCCAAAUUUAAAGAACCAGCAAUCAUUCUUCUAUAUUCUAGUGGUUACCAAAAACUACGACCUACUCUUGAGGAUCCUCGAAGUAUAUGCAGAUGCUCUAAGACCGACUUUUAACGUUAAGAAUCAGCAGAGUAUUCUUCAUUCGCUUAGUCUAUGCGAUGAGAAAUUUAAUCAGGACCAGAAGAAGAUUUUCAGGAUUGUGUUAGAGAGAACUCAUGAAAUUACAAGGAAUAACUUACAAAGAAGUUUUGUUGAAACUGCAAUAGCUCAGAAUUCUCCAAACUUAAACUACAUUAUUUCCCAAAGAGCUUCAAUCAACUCCGAACGAUCAUGGGUGAUUGUGAAGUAUAUUAUAACUAACUAUAACCUGAAGCGAUCCUUGCUUGGCAAAGUUUUAAAGCACUCAAGCAACCAAGAAUGGAUAAGACCCAAAUACCUGAAGAUGCUUGAGAAGCAUAAAGCUUCAGGUGCAUAA